UCACGUACUCCUGUUUUGCACAAUGAAAUGUUCAUCCCGCAAUUAAAUUGGUUAUAUAUUAAUUAUGUGUGUGUAUAAAUACAAGUGCGAGUGAUUUUUUUUUUUUAGUGUAAAAAAAAAAGAAAUCCUACUUUUACGCAUGUUUUAUUAUCUAGGAUAUAAUUUAUACGAUUUUUUUUUUUUGAAGAUCUAAAGUCUAAAUAAGACAAAAAAAAAGAAGAGUACAAAAACGCCAUGAGUGAAAGCACAGAAUUAACCGGAGCUAUAUCUCAAGAUAAUGUAGCUAAAGCUGAAAAUUUCAAAGAACAGGCGAAUGAAUGCUUUAAAAAUCAAGAUUAUAACCAAGCUAUUGAGCUCUAUACUAAAGCAAUUGAGCUUGAUCGAACUGUAGCAGUUUACUAUGGAAAUAGAAGUUUUGCAUAUUUAAAAAUUGAAUGUUUUGGAUAUGCUUUAGUUGAUGCAUCAAAAUCUAUUGAAUUAGAUAGAAAUUAUUUGAAGGGCUAUUAUCGACGUGCAGCGGCAUUUAUGUCAUUGGGAAAAUUUAAACAAGCACUUAAAGAUUAUGAAACAGUUACAAAAGCAAAACCCAAUGAUAAAGAUGCAAAAGCAAAAUAUACAGAAUGUAAUAAAAUUGUGAAAAAAAUUGCAUUUGAAAAGGCAAUUUCAGUUGAAGAAAAUAAAAGAAAUAUUGCCGAUACAAUUAAUUUGGAUACAAUGGCUAUCGAAGACGAAUAUACAGGACCAAAAUUAGAGGACGAUAAAAUAACAUUGAAAUUUAUGGAAGAAUUACUCGACUAUUAUAGAAAUCAAUGUAAAUUACAUCGGAAAUAUGCGUAUAAAAUUCUUCUUGAUGUAAAAACAUUAUUUGAAUCACAGCCAAGUUUAGUGGAUAUUACAAUUCCUGACGAGAAUAAAUUUACAAUUUGUGGAGAUAUUCAUGGACAAUUUUAUGAUUUACUUCACAUUUUUGAACUCAAUGGUUUACCGUCAGAGACAAAUCCAUAUUUAUUUAAUGGCGACUUUGUUGAUCGAGGUUCAUUUUCAGUUGAAUGUAUAUUCACAUUGUUUGGAUUCAAACUUUUAUUCCCAAAUCAUUUCUUCAUGUCAAGGGGUAAUCAUGAGUCGGCAACGAUGAAUCAAAUGUAUGGUUUCAAUGGUGAAGUAAAAUCAAAAUACAGCGCUCAAAUGGCUGAAUUAUUUACUGAAGUUUAUAAUUGGUUACCAUUAGCACACUGCCUCAAUAAUAAAGUUCUUGUUAUGCACGGUGGACUUUUUUCGAGGGACGAUGUAACUUUAAAAGAAAUUCGAGAAAUUGAUAGGAACAGACAACCGCCUGAUGAAGGAUUAAUGUGUGAAUUAUUGUGGUCAGAUCCACAACCACAAAUGGGAAGAGCGCCCAGUAAACGAGGUGUUGGUGUUCAAUUUGGACCUGAUGUUACGAAUAAAUUUCUACGAACAAAUAAACUCGAAUACAUUGUUAGGAGUCACGAAGUUAAACAAGACGGCUACGAAGUUGGCCAUUAUGGAAAAUGCAUAACUGUAUUUUCCGCUCCAAAUUAUUGUGAUACAAUGGGGAAUCAAGGUGCCUUUAUCACUCUCAAUGGCAAAGAUAUGAAACCGAAAUUCACAUCAUACGAAGCAGUGCCACAUCCGAAUGUAAGGCCAAUGGCAUACGCUAAUUCUCUACUAAAGUUUAUGUAGUAUCCAAUGCAGAAAUUUAGAAACAUUAUUGUUAAAUAUAAAACAAAAAAACAUAAUAAUAAUAAUAAAAAAACAAAUAGCCCAAUCAAAGUAUGCGUGUGUGUAAAAAAAUUACACACACACAAGAAAAGAGAAUUUAAAUUAAAUUUUGAUUUAAGUGAAAAAAAAAACAAAAUUUGCACUUGGAUCAUAAAACCGGUAUUUUGUAAAUCUUUAUAUGAACAUUAGUAUACUAUUAUUAUUAUACGUCAGUAUCAAAGAAAAUAGAGCUUUCUGAUAAUUUAAGUAGUAAUCGUUGAAGAGUGAUGACAAGAAUACAUUUUUUUUUCUACAUUUUGCUUUGCUCUUAACAAAAGAAAUGUUUCGACAGUAAAUUCAAUUGAUAUUAAUAAAGAAAUUGGAAUAGAAAACAAUAAUACGUAGAGCAUGAGCAAGUAGUGUAAUUUUAUACGAAUUUCUUGUGAUUUUUUUUUUAUUAAUGAAUAAAUAAAUCAUCUUUAUAGUCAAAGACA